CGGCGGCGCGCUGAGUGGAGCGAGCGGCAGACGGGCGCGCGCUCGCCCCUCCUCCCCCCUCCCCGCUGCCGCCUCUAUGUUGUGGCUCUCGCUGCGGGCUGGGGCCGCGGUGCUGCAGUGAGGGGCGAGCCUGAGGCCCGGCGGCUCGUUGGCAGGGGCGGGCUCGGGCUGGGCUGGGCUGGGCUGGUGCCACCGCGGAGCGGUGCCGCGCAGGUAGCGCCCUCCCCCGCCGCCCCCCCGCCGUCGCCGCCGUCCCCUCGGCAGGAGGAGGCUGAGGCUGCUGUGGGCGGGGGCCGCGCGGCGUUUCCCUGCUCGGCGGUGGCUGCGGCGCGGGUCUCCAUGUCGGACAACCAGAGCUGGAACUCCUCCGGCUCCGAGGAGGACCCCGAGACCGAGCUCGGGCUGCCUGUUGAGCUCUGCGGGGUGCUCAGCAAGUGGACCAACUACAUUCAUGGGUGGCAGGAUCGAUGGGUAGUUCUGAAAAGCAACACACUCAGUUAUUACAAGUCUGAAGACGAAACAGAGUAUGGCUGCAGAGGCUCUAUCUGUCUGAGCAAGGCUGUGAUUACACCUCAUGACUUUGAUGAAUGCAGAUUUGAUAUUAGCGUAAAUGAUAGUGUUUGGUACCUCCGAGCCCAGGACCCAGACCACAGACAGCAGUGGGUAGAUGCGAUAGAACAACACAAGACUGAAUCUGGCUAUGGAUCAGAAUCAAGUUUACGACGCCAUGGAUCCAUGGUGUCUCUUGUUUCUGGAGCAAGUGGAUACUCUGCAACAUCCACCUCUUCAUUCAAGAAGGGCCAUAGCUUACGUGAGAAGCUUGCAGAAAUGGAAACCUUUAGAGACAUCUUGUGUAGACAAGUUGAUACUUUGCAGAAAUAUUUUGAUGCUUGUGCAGAUGCAGUUUCAAAAGAUGAACUCCAGAGGGAUAAAGUCGUAGAAGAUGAUGAAGAUGAUUUCCCUACAAUGCGUUCUGAUGGUGAUUUUUUACAUAACAGUAAUAAGGAAAAAUUGUUUCCGCAUGUGGCACCUAAAGGAAUUAAUGGCAUAGACUUUAAAGGAGAAGCUAUAACUUUCAAGGCAACUACUGCUGGAAUCCUUGCUACACUCUCUCAUUGUAUUGAACUCAUGGUCAAACGUGAAGAAAGCUGGCAAAAAAGGCUAGAUAAGGAGAUUGAGAAAAGGAGAAGAAUAGAAGAAGCAUACAAAAAUGCUGUGACAGAACUGAAGAAGAAGUCUCAUUUUGGAGGGCCAGACUAUGAGGAGGGUCCUAAUAGUCUGAUUAAUGAAGAAGAAUUUUUUGAUGCUGUUGAAGCUGCUCUCGAUAGACAAGAUAAAAUGGAAGAACAGUCUCAAAGUGAAAAGGUCAGAUUACAUUGGCCAGUAUCCUUACCCUCUGGAGAUGCAUAUUCUGCUGUGGGGACUCAUAGAUUUGUCCAGAAGCCCUAUAGUCGCUCUUCCUCCAUGUCUUCCAUUGAUCUAGUCAGUGCCUCUGAUGAUGUUCACAGAUUCAGCGCCCAGGUAGAAGAGGUGGUACAAAACCAUAUGACUUAUUCUUUACAAGAUGUAGGAGGAGAUGCAAAUUGGCAACUAGUGGUCGAAGAAGGAGAAAUGAAGGUAUACAGAAGAGAGGUGGAAGAGAAUGGAAUAGUUUUAGAUCCUUUGAAGGCAACACAUGCAGUUAAAGGUGUAACGGGGCAUGAAGUUUGCCACUAUUUCUGGAAUGUCGAUGUUCGUAACGACUGGGAAACAACAGUUGAAAAUUUCCACGUUGUGGAAACUUUAGCUGACAACGCGAUCAUCAUUUACCAGACACAUAAGAGGGUGUGGCCUGCUUCUCAAAGGGAUGUGCUGUAUUUGUCUGCCAUCAGAAAGAUACCAGCAUUCAGUGAAAAUGACCCUGAAACGUGGAUUGUGUGCAACUUCUCUGUGGAACAUGACAGUGCUCCUCUGAACAAUCGAUGUGUCCGUGCAAAAAUAAAUGUUGCUAUGAUUUGUCAGACGUUAGUAAGCCCACCAGAGGGGAACAAGGAAAUAAGCAGGGACAAUAUCCUAUGCAAGAUUACAUAUGUAGCUAAUGUGAACCCAGGUGGAUGGGCACCAGCAUCAGUGUUACGGGCAGUGGCAAAACGAGAAUAUCCCAAGUUCUUGAAGCGUUUUACAUCGUAUGUGCAAGAGAAAACAGCAGGAAAGCCUAUUUUAUUCUAGUAUUAGCAGUGACUGGAGCAAGACUGGGUGAGCAUUCCGCGUUGGAGAAGUAACCAUGUAUAGAGCACUCCAUGCUGGAACGAAGGAUCUACAGUCUUUCUAUAGCCCAAGUUCUAGGCUUUGUAUACCGAAGUGAAGAGAUGUUGCAACACCAUGAGGCUGAAUAUUUAACACUAGCUCUCUCCUGCUAACUUUUCUUGCUGAAUCAGUGUGUAAUUAUAAAUACAUGUGUUGAUAACAUGUA